AAAAGACUCCACCAACUACACGCAAUUAUCUUCGACUCGUCUUCUUCUACCUUUCUGUCCUCCAUCUCAUCUUUGCUAAAUCUUCUCUGAUUUUCAGAUUAAUCCCUUCGGCGACAAAAUCAAAAAGCUUUCUGCUUCUUUUCUGCCGCGACGAUUCCGUUAACCUCCCUCUUAGAUUUCCAAUCAGAUGGGUUUUGACAAGGAAGCUGCUAGCUCCUCGUCUUAUACCAUUAAAAUACCGCCGGCUAGGGAGGACACGCCUCUUCUAGGCAAGGGACCUCCGCUUUCGAGCCAGUUCAAGACCUUCGCCAAUGUCUUCAUAGCAGUCGUGGGCGCUGGGGUUCUAGGCCUUCCUUACGCCUUCAAGCGGACCGGAUGGCUCAUGGGUGUGCUCCUUCUCGUCUCCGUCUCCGUUUUGACCCAUCACUGCAUGAUGCUCCUCGUUCAUACCCGCCGCAAGCUCGACUCUUUGAAUGGCGGUUUCUCCAGUUCCAAGAUCGGCUCCUUUGGGGACCUUGGAUUUGCCGUCUGCGGCUCCCUCGGCAGGGUCGUCGUUGACAUCUUUAUCAUUAUGUCUCAAGCUGGGUUUUGCGUCGGAUAUCUAAUCUUCAUCGGCACUACUUUAGCUAAUCUUUUCGACCCUGAAUCUCCCACGAGUCUGAGGCAUCAGUUUACAAGGCUGGGCUCUGAAUUCUUUGGUGUCUCCUCUAAGAGCCUCUACAUAUGGGGUUGCUUUCCCUUCCAGCUGGGUUUGAAUUCCAUUAAGACCCUCACCCACUUGGCUCCUCUCAGCAUCUUCGCCGACAUUGUUGAUCUUGGCGCCAUGGCUGUGGUCAUUGUGGAGGAUUCAAUGAUUAUACUCAAGCAAAGGCCUGACGUUGUUGCCUUUGGUGGUAUGUCCCUCUUCUUCUAUGGGAUGGGCGUGGCCGUUUACUCCUUCGAAGGGGUUGGAAUGGUCUUGCCUCUUGAAUCGGAGAUGAAAGACAAGGACAAGUUUGGCAAAGUCUUGGCACUCGGCAUGGGAUUCAUCUCUUUGAUAUACAUAGCAUUUGGUUUCUUAGGCUACUUGGCUUUUGGUGAAGACACCAUGGACAUAAUCACGGCAAACUUGGGGGCAGGACUUAUCAGCACUAUUGUUCAGCUUGGACUCUGCAUCAACCUCUUCUUCACCUUCCCCUUGAUGAUGAAUCCGGUGUUUGAGAUAGUGGAGAGGCGCUUCUCGCGUGGGAUGUACUCUGCGUGGCUGAGAUGGCUGCUCGUCUUGGCAGUGACUCUGGUGGCUCUCUUUGUGCCAAACUUUACAGAUUUCUUGUCCUUGGUGGGCAGCAGCACUUGCUGCAUCUUAGGGUUUGUGCUACCUGCUUUGUUUCAUUUGCUGGUGUUCAAGGAAGACAUGGGGUGGAAACAAUGGAGUUUGGACACAGCGAUAGUGGGACUGGGCGUGGUUCUUGCUGUGUCGGGAACGUGGAGUUCCCUGAGUGAGAUCUUCUCUGUCAAAGUGUAAGCGUCGUCUAUGUCCCCUGACAAGUGGAGAGGUUUUUCCCCUUGUGUCCAAUACCUGUGAAGUGUGCCAUUAUAUUUAUGUGUGGGAUUGUGGUUUAAGAGUAUCCGAUUAAUGAUUGUAUUUGUAUUGUGAUUGUUUUGGAACUUGGAAUAAAAACACAUGAGCUCUGUUUUGUGUACAACAUGUACAUAUAUAUAUGUGAAGCAAAGGAACCCUGUGAAUCAGGUU